AGGCCACCGCAGUGCCCGCGCCAUGGCCGUGCCCGCAGAAGCUCCCGAGGCCGCCGCCGCCGCCGCAGGCCGCCGUUUCGACUACGAUGUGAUCGUGGUGGGCGCCGGCAUCAUGGGCAGCUGCGCGGCGCACGCGGCGGCGUCCCGCGGCGCGCGUGCCCUGCUCCUGGAGCGCUUCGACCUGCUCCACCACCUCGGCUCCUCGCACGGCGAGUCCCGCACCAUCCGCGACGCGUACCCGAAGGCGCAGUACCCGCCGAUGGUGCGCCUCGCCCGCCGCCUCUGGGCGGACGCCGAGGCCGAGUCGGGCUACCGCGUGCUCACCCCGGCGCCGCAGCUCUCCCUGGGCCCGAGCACCAACGCCUCGCUGCUCGCCGCCAUCAGGAGCUCCGGCGCGGAGGAGGUCGACCUGGCCCGGAGGUGGGGAGGCGCGUUCCGGGUCCGCGACGGGUGGGUGACCGCGGUGAGCGAGCACGGCGGCGGCGUCCUGAACGCGACCAAGGCGGUGGCCAUGUUCCAGGCGCUCGCCGCCAAGAACGGCGCCGUGGUCAGGGACAAGACGGAGGUCGUCGGCAUCAGGAAGGGGCCGGAGGGAGGCGUCGUGGUGACGGCGGGCACCGGCGAGGAGUUCCACGGCGCCAAGUGCGUGGUGACGGUCGGCGCGUGGACGAGCAAGCUGGUGAGGUCCGUCGCCGGCUUUGAGCUCCCCGUCCAGCCGCUGCACACGAUGGUCCUGUACUGGCGCAUCAAGCCCGGGCGCGAGCACGACCUCACGGCGGAGUCCGGCUUCCCGACGUUCUCCAGCUACGGCGACCCGCACGUGUACAGCACGCCGUCGCUGGAGCUGCCGGGCCUCAUCAAGAUCAACUACGACGGUGGCCCGCCGUGCGACCCCGACAGCCGCGACUGGGCCUCCGGCGGCGGCGACGUGGCGGAGCGGGUGGCCCGGUGGAUCGAGGAAUUCAUACCUGACCACGUCGAGACCACUGGCGGGCCGGUCUCCCGGCAGUCGUGCAUGUACUCCAUGACGCCGGACAAGGACUUCGUGAUCGACUUCCUCGGCAGUGAGUUCGGCGAGGACGUUGUGGUCGGGGCCGGGUUCUCCGGGCACGGGUUCAAGAUGGGCCCCGCGGUGGGGAGGAUCCUGGCCGAGAUGGCCAUCGACGGCAAGGCCAAUACGGCGGCGGAGGCCGGCGUGGAGCUAGGCCACUUCAGGAUCAACCGGUUCGAGGGUAACCCCAUGGGGAACGGCAAGAACUAAUGAACGACUGGAAUGCUGGAUCAGUGAUGUCCUACCAUACAUCUGUGUGAUGAUUCUUCUGAUCGUAUUUGGGAGAGGUUAAUUUAGUCAGCAAGUUUCUGUUCUUGUAAUAAUUUCAUAAGUGGAAGCUGUGUUUGUGUAUUUGUUUCUCUUAACUUUCUCUUCUUCUAAUAAAAUUUCUACAGCAAA